GAUGAAAUAGUAGGGCUAAUUGAUCCUGUUUGUCUGGAACGGUCUUCGUACCCGCAUAAUUCAAGCAAUGUCUCUGCUAGUGAAGUCAUUCAAGGCACCUGCUCCGGUCUUGACGGCAGCGAUCAUAUCAUCGCAACGUCGAAUGGCCAGUGAUGGAGACGUAACAUUCCAUACCAAGGGUUACAAACUGCACAAACUCGACCAAGGUCCGAACGAGACCGUAACAUUGAAUCGCAAUGACGCUUUAGAUUUUUACAGAAAAAUGCAGACCAUUCGUCGUAUGGAGGCUGCUGCAAGUAAUUUAUACAAGGAAAAGAAGAUUCGUGGUUUUUGUCAUCUUUAUUCUGGCCAGGAAGCUUGUGCAGUUGGAGCCCGUGCUGCACUUACUGAAGGGGAUGCGGUCAUAACUGCCUAUCGUUGUCACGGUUGGACGUACCUACAGGGCGCCACUGUGGCAGAAGUCCUGUCCGAACUUACCGGCAAGAUCAAUGGUAAUGUCCACGGUAAAGGUGGUUCCAUGCAUAUGUAUCAAAAGGAUUUCUUUGGUGGAAACGGCAUCGUAGGAGCUCAGCAACCUAUUGGAACAGGAAUUGCAUUCGCUAUCAAGUACAGAAAGCAAAAGAACGUCUGUCUAACGUUAUAUGGUGAUGGAGCUGCUAAUCAAGGCCAGUUCUACGAGUCGACCAACAUGGCAAUGUUGUGGAGUCUUCCUGUCAUAUAUGUGUGCGAAAACAAUGGAUUUGGGAUGGGAACACAGGCUGAGCGGGCUUCUGCGUCAACAGAUUACUACAUGAGAGGCGAUUAUGUUCCUGGAAUCUGGGUUGACGGCAUGGAUGUACUUGCUGUUCGUGAGGCUAUCCGCUGGGGCAAGGAGUACUGUAAUGCCGGAAAGGGACCACUAGUGCUGGAGCUGGCUACAUACAGAUACUCAGGCCAUUCAAUGUCUGAUCCUGGCACCAGUUAUCGCACUCGUGAAGAAAUUCAACAAGUGCGCAAAACUCGCGAUCCUAUCACUGGCUUCAAGGAUCGGCUUAUCACUUCCGGUCUCGCGUCUGAGGAUGAUCUGAAAGCAGUCGACAAAGAAGUUCGCAAGGAAGUGGACGAGGCCGUCAAAACGGCUAACACUUCAUCGCUGAUGCCUGAGGAGGGGAUCUAUACUGACAUAUAUCACAACACUGAGCCUCAACUUGUGCGAGGAGCUACCGUCGACGUCUCUCACGUCCAGAAGUAUAUCCAUUCUGCUGAACUUUUGAAAUCGAUUGGUAACUGAGGUGUGACCAAGGCGGUCAACCUGGUAUUUUUUACCCUUAGCGGGUACGCCGUAUAACAUAACAUCAUUAUAAUAUAGUUUCAAUGUCAAAUAUUUUCCUAUGGUGUUAAAUGUGCGACGAUGUUCGUAGAGUAGCUAUAUGGAGUUAGUCAAUAAAUCAUUUAUCGAUCUGACACCGACUGUAC